CACACACACACACACACACACACCCUUUACUAUAUAAUGCAGCCUGAGAAGCAAACACACUUCAUAAGUCCGGGUGUGAGCGAUCAAGAACAACGAACAACAGCGUGAGGAAUAUACGCAACAUUUGUAAACUCUGGAGCUUUCUGGAUCCAUUCUACCCGGCAACAGGAAAGGAUGUCUUUAUGUGGAAGCUUUCUGUCCGACGAGCAGUUCCUGUGCUCCAUCUGCCUCGAUGUCUUCCACAAUCCUUCGUCCACGCCGUGCGGACACAGCUUCUGCAUGGCCUGCAUAAACAGAUACUGGGACGGAGCUAAGGUGUGCCUGUGUCCUCUGUGUAAGAGAGCCUUCCAGAAGCGACCGGAUCUGCAGAUCAACAGGACUCUGCGAGAGAUCACCGAUCAGUUCAGAUCCAUGACCAGCGGGGGAGUAGUGGGGAAGGACAUGGGAGGAAGAGGAGGAGGAGGAGGAGGAGGAGGAGGAGGAGGAAUACCAGACAGUUUAUAUGAAGAAUUAAGGAGGAAGCUGCCUCGUGUUCAACCAAAACCGCCAAAGGCUUUACCCGGUGAGACUCCAGGUGUGUCCAUCCCAUCAGUCCCCCCCACCACCUCGCUGGCUUCUUCGGUACCGAGCCACAGCCCGAUCGCCGCCAUGACGAACCCCUCCACCUCCGACUGGCCUCCCCACACUUACUCCCACUCAGGCAGCCGGAGGAGGUUCACUGUGAGCGGGGCGGCGAGCAGCACGGGCCUCCCCGUCUGCGAGACCCACCACCGAGGAACCAUGAUUUACUGCAGGACUGAUCGACUGUGUAUCUGUCCGGAGUGUGAGACCGAGCAGCAUCAGGGUCACGACACGGUCACUCUGGAGGCCGAGUGGAUGGAAACAAAGGACAGGCUGAUUGUGUCGAGGCAGGAGAUCCAGGAGAUGAUCAGACAGCGAAUCCGAAAGAUCCAGGAGAUCAGACUGUCAGCGAGUGUACUGCAGCUGGCGGUGGAGCGAGAGACGGCCGGCAGCGUCUCCCUGUUCUCCGAGCUGGUGUCGGCCAUCGAGCGCUCGCAGGCGAAGCUGCUGGAGGUGAUGGACAUAAGCCGGCGGGCGGCGGAGCAUCAGGCCGACGCCAUGAUCCGGCAGCUGGAGCUGGAGGUGGAGGAGCUGCGGAGGAGAGAGAGCGCCCUCGCCCAGCUCGCCCAAUCUGACGACCGCAUGCACUGCGUCAAGACGUUCCCCGUCCUCUCCAGCCCCCCGCCUGCCAAAGACUGGUCGGGGGUGGGGGUGACCUCUGACCUCGGGACAGGAACCGUCUACAGGUCGCUCGCCGCUCAGGUGGAGAGGUUUCAGGAGGAGCUGAAGACCAUCUUGGGAAAAGGAUUUACUCCCUUAAUACUGGAGCCCAGUCCGGUCCGACCACAACCCAAGAUCAGGAGGGUGCAGGAGUAUGCAGUGGAUGUGAUUCUGGACUGCAACACAGCUCACCCCAGACUCAUUCUGUCAGAGGACAUGAAGAGUGUGCGUUGUGGAGAUCGCCACCAGCUGCUUCCAGAUACCCCCGAGAGGUUUGACAGGGUGGUGUGUGUGGUGGGGAGGGAGCCCAUCUCCUCUGGGAGACACUACUGGGAGGUGGAGGUGGGGGGGAAGACGGACUGGGACCUGGGGGUCGCCCGACAGUCUAUCAACAGGAAGGGGAAGAUCGAGGUAACCCCGAGCAACGGAUACUGGUUCCUCAGCCUGAGGGACAGGAAAAAGUACGCCUUUCGCAGUGAACCCUCCACCGACGUGCACCUGAGCCUCCACCCACAGAAGAUCGGGAUAUUCGUGGACUAUGAGAAAGGACAGGUGUCUUUCUACAACGUCGACGCUAAAAUCCACAUCCACACUUUCCACGACUCUUUCACCGAGUGCAUCUUCCCGUUCUUCAGCCCCUGCACCAACAAGUCUGGGAAGAACGACGGGCCGCUCACUAUCACACCUGUCACAUGACCAAUAUAUAUAUAUAUUCCAGGUCAUGUUUAAAGAUAAAUGUCCUUAAUUGGCUAAUUAAAAGUUCUCCUUUUUGUAAAUACUUUAUUGAUAAAGAUGAGGAAUUUGAAUUUUGUGUGCCGAUCAUUUAUUAAAACAAUCACUUUCAAUGAACAAA